UCGGACGGGGCCGACGCAGACCAGCUAUCGUCUUGUACACCCUGCUGGCCACGUGCAGAAUCUGUCUAGCAAACGACAGGGGAGAGGGGGAAAGGAGAGAACGAAAGAGCAUGGCGAUGAGCAAUUCGCCCUUUCGGCCCGCCGCCUCCCUCUCGGUACAUUCGACCCCCACUACACCGGCCGCUGGCGCCGCUGCUGCCCAACAAGGCGUCAUUCGCAGAACCGGCUUCAAAGGGCGCAGCAGCCUCGGCUCUUCUUCAUUCACGCACGGCAAUUCGCCCCUGGCAACGAGCGGCACGACAAUCGGCGCGAGCAACGGUGCAGCCGCCAGCGUUUUCACCGCGUCGUCCAAGAGGGAGGGCACGGCUUCCACUACUGGGUCUGCUGUCCGACAUACAGCCUCUUUCACAGCAAAUGUGGUGGCAGCUACAGGCACCGUUGCCACGGCAAGUUCAGGAUCAGGCUUUCUCAAUGCAAGCCCAAGGAAUGUAGGAGAUGGAAAUCGAACCCACAGUGCGCUGGUCAAAGUGCAUCCUCAUGGCCAAUCGGCUAAAACGGAUCUACGCCCUCUCGCUGCUCUCGACACAUGUGCUGCUGACAUACCUCCUCGCAAGCCUGUCCUCCUCACCCUUCGCACCUCUCUUAUCGCCACUGCGCUUCUUUUUCUUUGGUUAUCACAGCGAUGGAAGCGAAGGCGCUGGGCUGCUCGCUCCAAGUAAUCUUUUCACCACAGCUGCCAUCUGGUCACUCGGCGUACUGCCUCUUCUCGUCGCAGCCAAGUGGAGUGUCAACCGCGGCGAGCAAACGGAGACGGCCGCUUCAACCAAAGACUCACUGGGGCUAGCCAAAGCUUCUCCGGCGUCAUAUGCGGUCAACGUCCUUAUUUCCGGCAGGACGUUGGCCUCUGUGCUCUUGGCGUCGCUCUGCGCUUCAGUCUUUGCUCUCAGCAUUUGGCUCUGCCUUUUACUGUACAUGCCUGUUUCUGCCAAUUUUUCACCCUGGGAUGCCAGGCUUGAGGUCCCCAAACGACCUGGCCAGUUCCGCCCAAAUGAGCAUGUCUUCUACCUGCUCGUAUCUACUUUCUUCUUCGGAGGACUGUAUAGUCUGCUGGAUAGCCUCCUGGAGCCUCUUGCAGCUGCAAGGCGUCAAGGCGGAAGCGCCAAAAAAGGCGGAUGGUGGACGCUUUCCAUGCCAAGUUUUGACGCAGACUCGGUCGACACCUCCAUCUCGGCCAGGCUUUGCGAAACGCUCGUCGGCUCUCGUCGCCUUGUGCAGACCGCGGUGGUCAAGUCGCUCUUGACGAGCGCGGCGCAGCUGCUGCUGUACGGCCUGUUCCGUCGGUCGCUGUACAACGCCGUGCUUCACGCCAUCGGCUUACGCUCGCCACUGCGCGUUCUGCUCAUUCCCUCCUUCCGACACGUCUUUUUCACACCAACUUUCAUCAUAUCAGUGCUAGCGCUGCAUCUCGCUAUAGCGCUGACAUGGGCCGUCGCGCAGGGCUUGUGGCAGGUCUAUGCGACGCAUCCGGCAGCGCUCUCACAAUUUUCCAAAGACCCCACCAAAUGUCUGGUGCAGAGCUUACUCGGAACCUCAUCAUCACCGUCGCAAGGGUGCGGAUACUAUGCACACUUCGCGUUUGCGGAGCUGAGCAUGCUCGCACGCUCCGACGCAGUGCGGCGCAAAGCCAUCUUCCGCGAUCUUAGUGCAAUGGGUACGCGGCCGCUCGCGGCAAGACCAUUGUUUUCCGCUGCGACACCGACCAGUACACUGAGCAACAUGGGCGUCGCUACUAGUGGCAGCACCAGCGCGUUAGCCUCACCCAUUGGUACACCUCGCAGAGCGGCGUACUUGGCCGGCUCCAACAGCGGCAACGCGUGGAAUGUGGUUGUUGGGCAAUGUCUCCAGGUAUUGGAGAGGCAAAAGGCGUGGGCAGCGAGCAGGGGCACCCCUUCAACACCGCCAUCUGCGCCACAGAGCGGAGCAAAGGCCGACACCUCGUCUCAGGGCAGGGCGGUGACCACUUCGAGUCCACAGAUGAAGAGCAUGCUCAAGAGCUCUGACACCAAUAUCAUUCAGCAACCGCAUCUCACAGUGUGGGAUCGUCUGGCAGCAGAUGCGCAACAAGGUGCUUCUUCAGGGCCGAGCACACCCAAAGCCACCCUCUCUACAUCAUAUUCCAGCAGAAGUAUUACUGCUGCUGAUGAUGAUGAUGUGUCGCACAAGCUUGCACCCGCUGGAGGGUCCCUCACAGGCCAGGCUGCCUCGGCUGUCGCUCAAGGCUCUGCGAAAGUUAGUGCCAAAGCGCAAAUUGUGUCGCCUGUCCAGCGGAUCGACGCUAGCACCGUCGCGCGUGGUUUGCACAAGGUGUCGGUCAGCUUCUGGUCUGCGUUGCCGCCCGCACAGCGCAAGCGGCUCGCAUCCACGCCUGUCCUGCGCUCGCUAUCUGCCUUUGCGAGCUGGGCAUUUGAGCCAUCGCCUGCGCUCCUGGUGCGCAAUGAAGUAUUCACAGGAGCCGGCGGUGGAGGUGGAGACGAUGCGCUGUUCAUCUGGGCCACCGUGGCGCUGACGAGCCUGGCGACGGCGAGCUUACACGAGGAUGAGUACGGGACUGUGCAGAAAGACUUACCUGCCAUCGUUGUCAGCUGCGCCGAGACGCUCAAGGCGAUAGAGGAUUGGUGGCAUGUGAUCCUGCAAGACGCUCGAAAGAAAGAUCAGGCUCGCGAUGCUGAUGGCUCUAACCCAUCGAAUACGCCAAGCGAAGAGACUGAAGAAGGGCGGUUGGUGGCGCAGUGGCAAGCGAGCGUCGAACCGAGUCUUCUAGCGCUGAGAGAUGCAGUGAAUGGCAUCUUGACGACGUUCGAGUGCUAUCAGCUUGAUCUCAAGCAGCACGAGUGGGAGCUGGUUCGCAGCAUCACGAGCGUGAAGGCAGUCGACUCAACACAGCAGCAGUCGAAAAUGCGGGAGAUCGCUACAUAAGAAAACGAUGUACUUUUGCACUAAAAACCCGUCUUGCGUACUUGUUUGCUAUUAAUAUC